AUGUCAUCAGCGAGACAAGGAAUACCACAAGUACGAAAUCCAACAUUAGCAUCACAAACAACUCCUGAACAAAGAUAUUGGAGAAGUUAUAUAAAUCCUCAAUUAAUUAAAGAAAAUCAUCCAAUAAACCAUGUAGAGUUCAAUCCACAAUCACCACAAGAUUUUGCCAUAACUUCAUCAACAAGAAUUCAAAUUUUUUCAUCAAAAACAAGACAAAUCAUAAAAACUUUUUCAAGGUUUAAAGAUGUUGUCUAUUCUUCAAACUUUAGAUUUGAUGGAAAAUUAUUAGUUGCAUCAGAUGCCUCAGGUUUGGUAUCGAUAUAUGAUAGUUAUCAACCAAGAAACUUAUUAGUAUCAAUAAAUCCAUCAAGUCAUCCAACUCAUGUUGCGAAAUUUCAUCCAACUAUUGGUACACAAUUAUUAACAGGAUCAGAUGAUAGAAUAUUAAGAUUGUGGGAUAUUUCACAAACUUCAAAAGGUCCAAUACUACAAUUCGAUGAAUCACAACAUAAAGAUUAUAUAAGAAGUAUAAAUUUCAUACCUAAUGAUCCAAAUCUAAUAAUUACUGGUUGUUAUGAUGGGAUAGUUAGAUUAUUUGACUCAAGAGAUCCAAAUGGUGUUAUAACUCAAUUUAAUCAAGAAAAUCCAGUUGAAGAUGUUUUAGCAAUAAAUUCAACCACUGUAGUAAGUUCUGGAGGAUCAAAUGUUAAAAUAUGGGAUUUAACUAGAAAUUCACAAAUUCAUCAAUUAAAUAAUUUCACUAAAACUACUACUUGUUUAUAUGACACUAAAGAAAAAGGGUUAAUGGUUGGUUCAUUAGAUGGUCAUGUCAAAAUAUUCGAUUAUAAUACUACAAAUUGGGAUGUAAAAUUUGGUUGGAAAUUUGGUUCAGGAGGAGUAUUAUCAUGUGCAGUAUCUCCUGAUUCAUAUAAACAUUUCGUAACAGGAUUAACAUCAGGAUUAAUAUCAAUAAGAACAAAACAAACCGAACCAAAAAUCAAACAAGGAAUUAAACAAGAAACAUCAAAUGCAUAUCAAAGAAUGAUGAAAGGAAGAGAUUAUAAAGGUGAAGAAGAAUAUGAAAUUAUAAAUAAUACAAGUGGACCAACAACUAAAAAAUUAAAACAAUUUGAAAAAUGUUUAAACGCUUUUAAAUGGUCAGAAGCUUUAGAUUCUGCAUUUGUAUCAGGAUUACCAAAAGAACAAACAAUAACAAUAUUAAAUGAAUUGAAAAAAAGAGGUAAAAUAAGAAUAUCACUUAUGGAAAAAGAUGAAAUUGCAUUAUUACCAAUAUUACAAUGGUUUACUAAAAAUAUAGAAGAUAUAAGAUCUUUUAAUUUAAUAGUUGAUUAUUUGGCUAUAAUAAUUGAAAUGUAUGGAAAUUUAAUUGACAAGAGUGUGGUCUUAGAAGAAUGUUUUAAUAAUUUACUUAAAAAGAUAAAUGAAGAAAUUAAAAAAUGUACAGAAGCUAAUGAAAUUAAUGGAAUGUUAGAUUUAUUAACUGUAUAA